UGCGCGCGCGCGGACGGAGGAAGACGGUUGGCGUGCGGGGCGUUAUCAGCGUAGGAAGCAAGAUGACUGGGUCAAAUGAAUUUAAAUUGAACCAGCCGCCAGAAGAUGGAAUCUCAUCAGUUAAAUUCAGUCCCAACACAUCUCAGUUUCUGCUUGUUUCAUCAUGGGAUACUACUGUUCGUUUGUAUGAUGUUCCAGCCAACACCAUGAGACUCAAGUACCAACAUACAGGAGCUGUACUUGACUGUGCUUUUUAUGAUCCUACACAUGCAUGGAGCGGAGGAUUAGAUCGGCAACUAAAAAUGCAUGACUUGAACACUGAUCAAGAAAAUCUUGUUGGCACCCAUGAUGCUCCUAUCAGAUGUGUGGAAUAUUGUCCAGAGGUGAAUGUAAUGGUAACAGGAAGUUGGGAUCAAACUGUUAAGCUGUGGGAUCCCAGAACACCCUGUAAUGCAGGAACAUUUUCUCAGCCUGAAAAGGUCUAUACGCUGUCUGUAUCUGGUGAUAGACUGAUUGUGGGAACAGCUGGUCGGAGAGUUCUUGUAUGGGACUUGCGGAACAUGGGCUAUGUUCAACAGAGAAGAGAAUCAAGUCUUAAAUAUCAGACUCGUUGUAUCAGAGCAUUCCCUAACAAACAGGGUUAUGUGUUAAGCUCUAUAGAAGGUCGUGUUGCAGUAGAGUAUUUGGAUCCAAGUUUGGAGGUGCAGAAGAAGAAAUAUGCUUUCAAAUGUCACAGACUGAAGGAGAAUAACAUUGAGCAGAUUUACCCAGUAAAUGCCAUCUCAUUCCACAAUGUCCACAAUACAUUUGCUACAGGUGGUUCUGAUGGCUUUGUAAAUAUUUGGGAUCCAUUCAAUAAAAAAAGACUCUGCCAGUUCCACCGUUAUCCUACCAGCAUAGCAUCGCUAGCCUUCAGUAAUGAUGGAACGACUCUUGCAAUAGCAUCAUCAUAUAUGUAUGAAAUGGAUGACAUUGAACAUCCUGAAGAUGGUAUCUACAUUCGCCAAGUGACAGAUGCCGAAACAAAACCCAAGUCUACUUGACUUCUGACCAAGAAAACUUCCAUGAUUUUUCUCUCUACUUUGGGCAAGACUAGCCUGAAGUAAAUCCUUUGAUCAAGUAAAGAUCUAUUUCCAAUAAUGCUUUCACUGAAGAGUGUUCAUGUAAUCAUUUAUAGCAUUCUGUUCUGAUAGCUUGUACUGAGAUUGGCAUUUCUUCUGCUUGACCAGUAAAUUUUCUGUAAGCCAGUUCUUUGCAAUGUUAUGUUUUGUGUUUGAACUUUUAUACAGAUUUAAUAGCCAUUUAACUGUUGGUUGAAUAAAUCUUUAAAAAAAUAUGUCCAGCAGCUGCAUGUUGUGAAUUUUCACCCUUGGUCUUGGUUGUUCUGAUCAUGCCUCACAGGUGAACCAUAUGCUCACUUCUGACAUGAAGGAAGAAUCCUCUUAGUAACGUCAGGGUUAACUUUUGAAUUAGGCACGCAUGCUAUGAAAAGUUUACAUAAACACUUACGUGCUUGUUUUCCCUUGGAAAUUAGAUUAAUAAUUAUAAUAAUAAUAAUAUUCGAUUUAUAUACUGCCCUUCAGGACAACUUAAUGGCCACUCAGAGCGGUUUACAAAGUAUGUUAUUAUUAUCCCCACAACAAACACCCUAUGAGGCGGGUGGGGCUGCGAGAGCUCCUAGAACCUGUGACUGACCCAAGGUCACCCAGCUGACUUCAAGUGGAAGAGUGGGGAAUCAAACCCAGUUCUCCAGAUUAGAGUCCUGCACUCUUAACCACUACACCAAACUGGCAAAGGCUUUAAAACAGCAAGAUGGUAUGGUACAUUGAUUUAAAAAAAAACAAAAAACAAUUAUUCAUCAAUGCAAAACAAACAAAAAACAUACAAUACUGGCAACAAAAACCUUAUUGACAAAUCUAUACAUAUGCUUCUGUGAAAGGUUUUCAAGUAAGUCCAUAUACAAUUGCCAUCUGUAUACGAUAUGUUCAAAUGUUGGUAAGUUUAUAAGGUCCUCAAUCUAGUGAAUUACAAAAAGUGAGUUUUUGUCUUUCAGCAAAUAAAAGGACAUGAAGGGUCCAUAUAAUGAU